AUGACUGCUACCACGGCCACAACCACCACUAACCCUAGUAUUACCCCGGAACUAUUACUUAAAUUGGCUUACUCUUAUCCCAAUCUACAAAAUUCAUGGUAUCUAAUCGCCGUGGCCACAUUGACUCAAUUAAACUUAUCAGAAGAAAUCCCUAAAGUCUUCCAUUUUGCUUUACGACAACAAUUGUUAGAAUUUCAAAAUGAUUCUAGUUUGUUGACUAAUGAAACAAUGUUGAAAUUAGCUGAAGAUUCAAUUAGUUCUAGUGAAAGAUUCCCUGAUAUUCAUCAAACCGGGGUUAAAUUACCUGAUGUAUUGAUACCUCAUACUUAUAGUGAAAAAUUGCCUUUAAAUUAUAAAUAUUAUCAAGGUAAAGAUAUACGUCAAACCCAACAAUCAAUAGUUGAUCAAAUUAGAGAGGUAUUAUUGAAAAUUAGUAUGUUCAGUGGAUUACCCAAAUCGAUCAAUUCAUUAUUAAUAUUAAAAUCAGUAACUCCAACUGCAUUAACCAAUUCAAAUACAGACACAAACAUUAGUUUGCCUAAACGUAAGAACAUUGUUGAACCCAUUGAAGAAAAUACCACCACAAAUACACAAAAUGUUGUUGAUACAAUUGGUGGGAAAAUAUCAAACGGGUCUAUUGUUGUGGAUCAAAUUGUUACUAAUUUAAUUGAAGGAUUAGAAUACUGGAAUAAAAUAUAUUCAAAUAAAUUAAAUAUUCGAAUCAAAAAAGAAAUGUUACGAGCUUAUCCAGAUUUAUGGUAUUUUGUAUAUCAUCAUAUUUAUGGUCCAUUGAUCAGUUUUACAGAAAUUUUGUCUCCACAGAAAACUUCAUUUAGUUUGAUUGCAUGUAUGAUACCUCAAGAUGUGAAUUCUCAAUUGAAAGGUCAUUUAAAAGGUGCUAUUAAUAAUGGGGCAACAAAGGAAGAAGUAAAUAAUGUUAUUCAAUUGGUGUUUGAUAUUUGUGAUUCAUUGAACCAAACUCAAUUAUGGAAAGAUGGUAAACAAAGUGUUCCAAAAUUAUAG